AGGUCAAUCUUCUCUUCAGAUACCUCAAGUUGUGUAUGAAGAUCCUGAAGUUAGUGGAAGGAAUCGCUACAAAUAUUUUGCACGACCUCUCAUCCCUUCUAAUAAGCUGCUUCCACUAAACACUGCUUACUCAAUGGCAAAGAUGGAGCCCUAUGUCUAUUCAGCUACAAGAGAAAGCAAAGUCUUUGGUCCCAAGUUUCGAACUUUGGGCACACAGACAGAUUACAGAGAUGGUGAAGCCCAGACAGAUCCCUACUCCCCUGAAUAUGUUCUUCGCAGUGGCUCAGUCCCUGAACUUCUGACACUUGCUACACUCACUUGGGGUCGGGGACUACCAGCAGGACUAGCUGAGGUGGAGAUGAUUGAACGUGCCCGGAAAAAACGUGCAUGGGAAUCAACUCUUCCAGGAAUGGACAGUGCCUCAAAAACUGCAAAGAGGUGGAAAAUGAUAGAAGAGAUGGAGAGGAAGGAGUGGGCCUUUAGAGAACAAGAAAUAGAAAA